AGCAGGAUAGAGUUUCUCCCGGUAACGGAUCCCUUUGACAGCCAUAGAUUCGGUUUCGCCUCCUCUGUGACUAACACUUCAGUAUACAUGUGACAUUUUACGGAGAGAAACAGGUAUCUAACCGAUUAUGAUUCAUUUGUUAUUUUUUCAAACUAUAAAAUAAACUCAUGGUGAUCGCCGAGUGUGCCUCGCGGUCGCUGCCCGGCGUCGUGUUACCUUCCUCGGGGCACCAUGGGCUCGUAAGAUGCCUUCGCUGUGGAAACGGAUAACGUUCUCGGUGGCUUCGGUGCUCUGCGUCGGCUCGGUGGCGCUCCUGGUCGUGGCCCUGUCCACAGAGCGGUGGGUCACCGGACGGAUCCUGUGUAAAACCGGGGCUGAGAUUGUGAACGCGUCCCAUCCGGAGAUGGAGCAGUUCAUUGGGGACAUUUACUACGGCUUGUUCCAGGGAGGAAAGACCAAGAAGUGCGGGCUCGGCAACAGACGCUCCAAAAUAUACAUUUUCCCAAAGCUUGUGCGGAAGUUGAACGGUGGUCUUCACAUGAUGGUGAUCCUCUUCCUGCUGGUGGCUGUGGGGUUUGCAUUGGUCAGUCUGUCUUUCUGCAUUUACAACGCACGCAAGGUUCCCUACCAGAGCAUUAAAGGGCACAAAGGACUCUACCUAUGGAACUUCAUUGCUGCUUUCUUCGGAGCCCUGGGCAUGCUGUGUUUCCUGGCAGCAGUGAGGCACCACAGUCUGACUGAGCGGGUGGCUAAUCAUCAGGAAAACCUCUUUGUGCUGGUUGUCCUGGAUAACAGCCUGGACUGGUCCUUCUGGUUGGGUGUAGGCAGCAUUGCCACUCACUUUGCUGUCUGUGGAGUGGUUGCCAUGAGCCGGAUAAAACUGCCCAAAUCGGAGAUCAAGAAACCUGAAGAACCAACCAUCGCCGCUCUGGACCUACUCUACUGAAGGACCAACCAAGGAGCAUUUACAUCACUGAUGGUUGACUGGAGCCAACCACAGUGACUGACAGCAGAGUGAAACCAACACUGUGCCAGUGCCCCUUAAGUCUUAAUACUGUAACCUACAUGAGUGCAAAGAGUCCUGCAUCCCGAACUUGUCCUUUGCAUUCUAGACAUCCUGUGCUGGAUAUAUUCUGUCUAUAGCUGCACAAUGUAAAUUCAUCAUUGUUUUUUCAUUUUAUGUACAGAAUGCCAUUAACUGAUCUGUUACUCUAGCCCCUUCAUGAUGGAUUUUUUCUUCUUUUUUUUUUCUUCUUUUUUUUACAGUAAUUAUUCUUGAUCCCUGAUAGAAAGUGCAGCUAUGCAUGAAUAAAGGGGAGUUAUGGGCUUAUGUGAUAAAUGUAAACUAAUCUUCCAUGAACAGAAACUUAGAGAGAGAGACUUAUGAUUAUCUUUUGAUUUUUAUUCACCUAAACUUGGUCAUAUGAACAUCCUCACAUCUUAAACAAAAAAAGUCAGCUGUACGAACGUGAAAAUAGGAACUGUUGAAAAAUGUCACUUUGGCCAUCAUUAAAGGUUUUUUAUUACAUAUGUUGGAUCGGUUAUAAUCAUACUAACAACCUUGUGACAAACAAACAUUUAAAGUUAACAAUUAAAAAAUAG